AUCCGGUUUGGACGCGCAUGUGCAGAAGAAGACGCUCAAAUCCGACACAAGCAGUCGUGAUGACGCGGUAGCAGCAGCAGCAGCAGACAGCUGGACAAGAGCUCAGUUUCCAGGUAAAAAAUGGCCGUGGAGAAGCGUCUGGCGUUCUCUAUUGUGCAGUUCCUACGAGAUCAAACACAUUGCGGCUCUUUGAAUUCUGAUGAGCAGGAGAGCCUCGAAGUUGCGAUCCAGUGUUUGGAGACGACCUUUAAGAUCAGCUCUAGUGACUGCCAUCUCGCUGUGCCACAGCCGCUGACGGAGAUAUUCCUCAAUUCCCUGCUCAAGAAUGACAACAUCACCAUACCAGAGAGCUCCCCGUCUCCAGAAGACAUCGAACGAGCAGAGCAACUUAAGAAUGAAGGGAACAAUCACAUGAAGGAGGAGAACUACAGAUGUGCGGUGGAGUGCUACACAAAGGCCAUUGACCUGGACCUGAGAAACGCUGUGUACUACUGCAACAGGGCUGCAGCUCACAGUAAACUGGGAAAUUACACAGAGGCAACUGGUGACUGCGAGAGAGCCAUUGGGAUCGAUCCUACCUACAGCAAAGCGUACGGGAGGAUGGGUUUGGCUUUGACAGCCAUGAACAAGUAUCCAGAGGCAAUAUCCUUCUUCAAGAAAGCUUUGGUAUUAGACCCUGAGAACGACACCUACAAAUCCAACCUGAAGAUUGCGGAGCAGAAGCAGAAAGAAGCGACCAGCCCAAUAGCUGCCGGAUUGGGGUUUGACAUGGCUAGUUUAAUCAACAACCCUGCCUUCAUCAGCAUGGCUGCGAGCGUGAUGCAGAACCAACAAGUACAACAGCUUAUGUCAGGAAUGAUGUCCAAUGCAGUCGGGGGUCCUGCAGCGGGAGUGGGUGGACUGUCAGACAUCUCCAGCUUGAUUGAAGCGGGACAGCAGUUCGCCCAGCAGAUCCAGCAGCAGAACCCAGAGCUCAUCGAGCAGCUAAGGAACCACAUCCGGAGCCGCUCCUUCAGCGGCAGCGCCGAGGAGCACUCAUGAUCUACUCAGUUUUUUUUCUCCAAGGAAGGGCAACCAUACGGCGCGAUUUACAAUCUCUACACCCAUUUCUUGAAAUCAAAUCCCCGGCAUAGCUGGAACGAAGAGACAAGUAUGGGGUUGAAGGCACUUUACUGUGAUUAAAGACUUCUGGGGCGGAGAGAGAGAGAGAGAGAGAAAGAGAGAUGAGGACCUGGAGAGAGACUGGACCAUGAAACGAAGCAUCCCACACAUGUAGGGCAAAAAAACACCUUGUAAACACCUAAUCAUAUAAAAGAGCCAAGAACUCAUUCAGCCGACGGAGGGAACAUGAGUAAAUACUUUGUUCAGUGCUUUUACAUUCUGCAGAGAUCGUGUUUUAUAUGUGCUGAAAAUACUGCCCUCGUCAUGUUAUGAGUUGAGGAUCCUUCUGUCGAGUCAUGAUACAUUAGAGGGUUAGGGAGGAAUGUACUUUUACAGCAUUGCAGGGAACAUUUCAGCUUUUUUCUCAUACACAAUAACACAUCAGGUUUAUAUAACACAUCUGGUUCAAUAUUAUUUUUGUAGUACUUGUUUAUUCACAUCACUGCUUUUCAAUGACUUAACUUUUGAUUAAGACAACCAUGUAACUGUAUAGCAGUGUUUGCAGCCUGCAUUAUGUUGUUAUUGCACUUUAGUAAAACUAAAUAUCCCCCCUUUAAGCAUAUUUAAUUGUUCAUUAACUAGUAACAGAGUGUUCAUUUUUGCAUGCUCUUAAAUCUGGUAUUUGAGAUCAGAUGCUUUAUGGAAACAAAUAGGUAUGCUAGGGCAGCACAAUGUUUUGUCUAAAACAUGUGAAUAAAUGUCUUGAAGUUGA